AUGGAUGACUUUCUGGGCACCUGGAAAAUGACCUCGAGUGAGGGUUUCGAUCGUGUGAUGACUCGACUCGGUGUCGACUUCCUCACCCGCAAGGCAGGCAACGCCGCUAAGCCAGUGAUUAAGCUGUCCGAAGUGAAGGAGGGAGCUGAACCGAAAACUUACUGCCUCAAGACCAUAAACGCUUUUCGUAGUACUGAGGUGCAAUUUCGACUGCAGGAGCCUUUUCUGGAGACCACUCCUGAUGGAAGGAAGGUAAAGACGGUGAUUAGUUUGGAAAAGGACGAGGCAGAUGGGAAGUGGGUUCUCCGACAAUGUCAAGUGGGUGACAAAGUGACAGAUAUUGAUAGGCGCUUGGACGACAUUGACCUCAUGCGAUCAACAAUACGCGUAGAAGAACUUGUCAGCGUGAGGAUGUAUCGUCGAGUGAAGGACUGA